AUGGAUCUUUUUAUCGAAACUCUAACAGGAACAGCGUUUGAGCUCCGCGUUUCUCCAAAUGAUACCGUCAUGUCAAUCAAGUCGAAAAUCCAGAGGGUCGAGGGUAUCCCAGUCGGCCAACAGCACUUGAUCUGGCAAAAUGAUGAGCUUUCAGAUCAUCAGUCUCUGCGAGACUGCAGCAUCCCAGGAGGAGCCACUCUGCGUCUUGUGUUGGGAAUGCGAGGAGGACCAAUUAACGCUUACAGACCACCAGUUGCCGCGGCAGCCGCUGCGAUAAAAUUUACCCCAACCAUCCACUUUACGGCAUCAAAACUGCCACACGCCGCAUCGCCUACUUCUCAGAAGAAAAAUAAUUCCGGGGACAGUAAAAAUGAAGAACCAUCACCAACAGUACCUCAAUUAGAGAGGGGAAAGGAGGACGAUGGUGAAUCAGAAAGUCAGAAGCACAUCACCUUUUUCAUUUUCAACAGCGGUGAAAAUCUGGACCUCUUACGAGUGGUUGAUGGCUCCCAUUGUGACAAUUCUUCCAAUGGCCAUUCCACGACUUCUCUUCUCGGUCCAGAAGAAUCUUGUGAACCACCCGUUGCGUCUAAUGGCUCGUCUAGUUCAAAAAAGGCUAUGUCCACUAACCUUCUCUCAACUUCUAUUGCCGCUCAAUCUCUUCCUUUUCUCCAAUCCGACUCGUCAAAGCUUAGCCGCGAGAAGUUGCCGCAACUCGCAUCGACAACUUCCGAGCCCUCGGUUCUCAAAGCCGCUGAAUCCAAAAAAUCUUCAGAUCGUCAACCUCCGUCCACAGCAUCAGCUGCAACGGCUCUUCUCGCUGGCUUGCUCUAUGCCACACGAGGUCGAGAUUCUAGCGCUUUCUACUCUGAUACCGACGAAUGUGUAUCCUCUGACUGUGGAGGUGGUAACGGGGGGACAACUUAUUGGCUUCGUCCACCCUCUCCAGAGUGGGACUAUCGUGACUUCUCGUCGUCCCCACCCCCGGCUGACGAUUUUCGCUUCCUUUGUGGGUAUGAUGGAGAGGAUGACGAUGAUGAUAGCUUAGCGGACCUCGAGGACUACUUCCUUUACUACCGAUCGGGUGAUGUAUUGUUUGGUCCACCCACCGCGAGAAGGAAUUCGGCGUUCCUGCGUGGUGGUUUUCGAAGGAACGCUUGCGGGGAAGGCGAGUCGCCGAGGAAGACACAAUCAAGACUCGAGGAAAGGGAUUCUUUGGCGGAGAAAGUAAAGUCAAUAAAGGCUCAGCUCUGUCAGAUAAAGGAGAGUCGGUUACAGCGGAGACAGAAGCAGCAACCGGAUGAAGUUAAAAAGGGAGAAGAAAAAGAAGCCUCGCAACCUUCGGAUGAACCUGCGAAACCUAAAGACGUUCAUCCGACACUUCCUCCCGUCGCCACCCUCCACACACCAAAAAUUCGUUCCUCUUGGCUCAAUAGCCAACGUUUUAAAAAGGUGCCCUUCAUUUCUCAAUACCGUCGCCCCUACACUACUACAUCCGCUGUUGACCUGCCCACAGCCACCGCCACAUCCGACUCCUCAGCGGACACUCUCCGUUCUUGUGCGGACUCCCUCUUGCUGCCCUCCAAACGCUUUGCAUCGUUAUCCAACAACUCUGGGACCAGGCCCCGAGGCACCGCGCCAGCCAAAACCACCUCAGAUACCAACUUGGACGCUGCUGUUGUCAUCCCCGGCUUCUCGGGCGGCUUCAGUCGGUCUGAUCUUGGUUCUGGUGGUGGCCUUCGACAACGUCGGUUCGGAACAGUUCAACCGCCUGAUAUCUCCAAGAUUGUCGACUCAGAUCGAUUAUCAUCUCUUGAAACGAAGCCUACGGUUGUUACCGAGAGGCACUUUCCCCCCCUCUUCCCACCAAAUCCCGCCGUUGAGCGUGAACGGCUGCUUCGACCGACCACUCUAACCCCUGCUUCCCGUUUCAUCGGCUUCGUCUCCACGCCCCAGUGUGAUGCAGAAAUAAUCCGAGGGAGGUCGCCAACGGUGAGGAAGGCCUCGAACGAAGCUCCCUCUGGAUCAUCUGUGCCGGCGGCAGAUGUGGUUCCCCUUCCACCAAUUCCGUCUAGUGUUCGCGGGAGGCCCGCUAGUAAUUUAGAAGCUUCUAGUCGUGCCUCUGUACGAAGCAAGGACGACGACAGGCAGCAGCAGCACCACGCCGUGCCCUCCUCUCCCACGAAGUCCAGACAGGAUAUGUCCGAGCCCCCUCGGAGAUCGCCCAGAGCCAAUCGAUGCGCCAGCUGCAACCGCAAGACUGGUCUCGCCAACUCCUACACCUGCAGAUGCGAACGCAAUUUCUGCUCAAGACAUCGCUACGCUGAACUUCACGCCUGCCCUUUUGACUACAAGGCAGACGCAAGACGAUACCUUCGUGAAAGCAAUCCCGUCAUAACCGCCGCAAAGUUACCCAAGAUAUGA